AAUUAUAAACAAAAUAUGAAUAACAAAAAAGUGUACUACUUGCACUAGUCGCAGGUACAUAACGCACUAAUGAUAAUUCACACAUACUAAAAUUAACAGUUUAACGGUGAACUUACAGUGCCCUCAGCGCCGUACUAAUUGUUUAGCAGCAGCUGUUGAAUUUUCCUGUUCACGACACUGAAAUAUUUAUUACACAACAAAUAAAUCAAAUAAAGACAUAUCGAAAAAGUGCAACAUUUUAAAAUUGGCAGCGUUCGGUCUAUAAAUAAUUUGUAAACAAACUGAGAAAGAGGAAAGACGCUCGAGCAAGCAAAUAGCGGCCAGGCAUUGACACUGACCCACUGAUUGAUUAGCAAUUAUUUUCUGUCGUCAGCCGGCGCAAAAAAAAGACAACUAUUUCGCAGACCCAAUAUAUUCACGUGCAGCAGCCGCAACAAUGGCGAACCGACAAAUAACGCAACCACCAGAAAAUCAUCUACGAUUAUCUUGGCACGAUACUCAGAUGAUGGCCACAUUGAGCCCACAGACCGUUAUGGACUACUUUUGCCGCAAGAGCAAUCCGUUCUAUGACCACAUGUGUAACAAUGAAACCAUACGCAUGCAGCGUCUGGGAGUUGAACAUUUGCAUAAUAUGCUGGGCAUGGAGUACAUUCUACUGCACGUAGCCGAACCAAUUCUCUAUGUCAUACGCAAACAGCAUCGACACAAUCCCUCGGAGGCGACACCAAUUGCCGAUUACUAUAUAAUUGGAGGCACUGUGUACAAGGCGCCUGAUCUGGCAAACGUGAUAAAUGCGCGUAUUCUCAACACAGUCGUUAAUCUGCAGUCGGCGUUCGAGGAAGCCAGCAGCUAUGCCCGCUAUCAUCCCAACAAAGGAUACACCUGGGACUUUUCGUCUAACAAAGUUUUAUCUGACAAAACCAAGUCUGACAAGAAGGAUUCAAAUGCUGCCAAGGAUGACAAUAGUGGCACGUUAUUUCAAAAGCAACGUGUUGACAUGUUGCUGGCCGAGCUACUACGUAAAUUCCCACCGCCUAUACCUCCAAUGCUACAGAAUUUUCAGCAACCACUACAAGCUGGACAAGUGCCAGCGGGCACAGAUGGUAGUACGGGGUCGAACCCAACGGAUAUUCAUGCCACUGGGCCAUUAGAUAUAGCAACGGAAAGCAUAGAUAUGAAGCCGCCGCCCGAGAAGAAAACCAAGUGAACUUCGUUGCAGUUUAAUCGUAUAUUUCAUAUUAACCGUAUUAGCAUUAAAGUAAACAC